UUAUUGUGUGGCGGUUGCAUGCUGUACUCGCGGCGGCCCGGCCCUCGCCCGGGAGUGCGUGUGUGUGCGCGCGUGUGUGCGCGAGUGAGUGUGUGCGCGGGGGUGCGCGCGCGGGCGGGAGUGGGCGCGCGCGGGGAAAGGCCCGAAAACACCUUAGUUUGCACCGAGAGACCAUUUGCAGCGGAACCCGAAAGUUUGCAAGAAGAAGAUAGCGCGCGGCGAGCAAGCGGGCAAGGGGCAGCGGCUGCGGCGCCGGGGACCAUGGUGCUGCCGGCGCCUCCUCCGCGGGCGUGAAGGCGGCACUCCCACUCCCUCCCCGGACUCCGCGGUGUCCCAGGAGCUUUUGCUGACAAUUCCAGUUUCCGAACGAAACAUUUGGGCAAUGGUGAGGGCUUCAAUCCCUUGUCUGAUUUGCUGUCAACCAUGAACAGACGGAUGUGAUGCCUGCUGGCCAAAAGGUGUCUCUCUGUGUGUUGCAGUCCUGUGGCAUUAUGCAUGCCCCCAACCAGUGACCUCCAGACUUUUUAUGGCUGUGAGACACGUUAAAAGUUCAGGGGUAAGAAGUGACCUUUUGAGGUGACUAUAACAGAAGAUUGCUUUACAGAAGCCAAAAAAGGUUUUUGAGUCAUGAUGCAAGAAUCUGGGACUGAGACGAAAAGUAACGGUUCAGCCAUCCAGAAUGGGUCAAGCGGCGGCAACCACUUGUUAGAGUGCGGCGGUCUCCGGGAAGGGCGGCCCAACGGGGAGACGCCGGCCGUGGACGUGGGGGCAGCCGAUCUGGCCCACGUGCAGCAGCAGCAGGCACUUCAAGUGGCAAGACAGCUUCUUCUCCAGCAGCAACAGCAGCAAGUUAGUGGAUUAAAGUCUCCCAAGAGGAAUGACAAACAACCAGCCCUUCAGGUUCCCGUGUCAGUGGCUAUGAUGACACCUCAAGUUAUCACUCCCCAGCAAAUGCAGCAGAUCCUCCAGCAACAAGUGCUGAGCCCUCAGCAGCUCCAGGUUCUCCUCCAGCAGCAGCAGGCCCUCAUGCUUCAGCAGCAGCAGCUUCAAGAGUUUUAUAAAAAACAACAGGAACAGUUGCAGCUUCAACUUUUACAACAACAUGCUGGAAAACAGCCUAAAGAGCAACAGCAGGUGUCUACCCAGCAGUUGGCUUUCCAGCAGCAACUUUUACAGAUGCAGCAGCUACAGCAGCAACACCUUCUGUCUUUGCAGCGCCAAGGCCUUCUAACAAUCCAGCCGGGGCAGCCUGCCCUUCCCCUCCAACCCCUUGCUCAAGGCAUGAUUCCAACAGAACUGCAGCAGCUCUGGAAAGAAGUGACAAGUGCUCAUACGACAGAAGAAACCACGGGCAACAAUCACAGCAGUUUGGAUCUGACCACGACAUGUGUCUCUUCCUCUGCACCUUCCAAGACCUCCUUAAUAAUGAACCCACACGCCUCUACCAACGGACAGCUGUCAGUCCACACUCCCAAAAGGGAAAGUUUGUCCCAUGAGGAACAUCCCCAUAGCCAUCCUCUGUAUGGACAUGGCGUAUGCAAGUGGCCUGGCUGUGAAGCAGUGUGUGAAGAUUUCCAAUCAUUUCUAAAACAUCUCAACAGUGAGCAUGCGCUGGACGAUAGAAGUACAGCCCAAUGUAGAGUACAAAUGCAGGUUGUACAGCAGUUAGAGCUACAGCUUGCAAAAGACAAAGAGCGCCUGCAAGCCAUGAUGACCCACCUGCACGUGAAGUCUACGGAACCCAAAACUGCCCCUCAGCCCCUGAAUCUGGUAUCAAGUGUCACACUCUCCAAGUCUGCAUCAGAGGCUUCUCCACAGAGCUUACCUCAUACUCCUACGACCCCCACUGCCCCCAUCACUCCCGUCACCCAAGGCCCCUCCGUCAUCACCACCACCAGCAUGCACACGGUGGGACCCAUCCGCAGGCGGUACUCAGACAAAUACAACGUGCCCAUCUCUUCAGCAGAUAUUGCGCAGAACCAAGAAUUUUAUAAGAACGCAGAAGUUAGACCACCAUUUACAUAUGCAUCUUUAAUUAGGCAGGCCAUUCUCGAAUCUCCAGAAAAGCAGCUAACACUAAAUGAAAUCUAUAACUGGUUCACACGAAUGUUUGCUUACUUCCGGCGUAAUGCUGCCACAUGGAAGGGUGCCAUUCGCACCAACCUCUCACUGCAUAAGUGCUUUAUCAGAGUAGAGGAUGAGUUUGGGUCCUUUUGGACAGUUGAUGAUGAAGAGUUUAAACGUGGCCGCCAUAUUCAACGAGGCCGUCCUCGCAAAUACUGCCCCGAUGAAAACUUUGACGAGCUUGUCGCACAUAACCCUUCCCUUAUUAAAAACAUGCAGACCAGCCACGCCUACUGUACACCUCUCAAUGCAGCUUUACAGGCUUCGAUGGCUGAGAACAGUAUACCUCUAUACACUACCGCUUCCAUGGGAAACCCCACUCUGGGCAACCUAGCCAGCGCCAUACGGGAAGAGCUGAACGGGGCGAUGGAGCAUACCAACAGCAACGAGAGCGACAGCAGCCCGGGCAGAUCCCCUAUGCAAGCCGUGCAUCCUAUACAUGUCAAAGAAGAGCCCCUGGAUCCAGAGGAAGCUGAAGGGCCGCUAUCCCUAGUGACAACAGCCAACCACAGUCCGGAUUUUGACCACGACAGAGAUUACGAAGACGAACCAGUAAAUGAGGACAUGGAGUGAACAUCUGGGCAGGCCGACCCCAAGAGCGCGAAGAUUGGGGGGGGGCGGGGCACACAAAACAAAACACGUCAAAAGUUUGCAGUGAAAUCGUUCUCCAUUGGUUGUACAGUCUGGAGGAUUUUUCACUACAUUUUGACAACUCUGCAAUGUGUUAACUCUUAGUGCCAUCAAGAAUCCCAUUUGGGAGUAUUUUUGAUUUUUCUACUUUUUGUUGAAAAAAGGAAUUUGUACUCUGUGCAUUGGAUGGACUUGUUUGGUACUGGGGAUUUUCCUCUCUUAACAGUCAACAUCAGUGUUGUAAAUUUGCUAAACUGAUUCACUUUUAGCAGCAGACUUUGAACUGCAGUCCUGCCGACAUUGGACAUUGAGGACACCCAACUGAGCAUGUGCACCUAAGCUGCAGACCAAGCCUCUGCCCAGAAUUUAAGGAUUCCAAUGGACGACCUAUUUGCACAGUACUGCAUGUUGAUUAUCACUGCCUUUACUCCAUUUUUUUUUUUUUUUUUGCUUCCAGUUGGGAUGGGGAAGGCCUUUGUGUGUGUAUUGGGGGGAGGGUUUAAAAAUAAUUAUCCCAAACUUUUUAAUGUAUUGCUCUUUUUUUUUUUUUGGCUUCUUCUAUACCAUUUUAAGUUCUGACCUCAGGCCUCCAUUCGGGCCCACGGCCUCUUGGAGGCUUCAAGUUUUCUGUACCUUGUGAUGAAUGUUAAUAGGUGUUUUUAUUAUACGAAGCUGAAUGUCAUUUCUCGUUCGUAGUUUUCUGUCACUCAUUCCAUGUCCCUUCAGACAUCACCACUGUUUUCUCGAAAGUCGGAAAACAUUCCGUUUUGAUCUUUUGCAAAAAGGUCCCAAAUGCUGCACUCUACACGUGAAGGUCCUCUCACCCAGACGUGAAGUUCCUGCCAGAAAGAGAAUGAAUGACAGAAAAAAAAAAAAAAAUAGAGACACCCUAGGAACCAUGCAGAUUCAUUCCAUGAAGCGGUAUUGGAAGGUUCGGGAAGGGGGUUGUUUCAGAUUUUCCUCUUUUUUUUUUUUUUUUUUUUAUGUUGCACCUACCAUCAUUCUUAAUAAAUGCCACAGCAUUUACCAGCACAAGGAAACAUAGGCAGCAGCCCCCUUACCCCCAAACCAGAAAAAAACAAAAAAAAACCUCUCGCAGUAGUUCGACUGACAGUGGCUGUGGAAGCCCGUCCCUGGGAUGACCUAGUUGAGAUGGGGGCCUCAGGCUCUCGCAGUUGUUAAAACCAGUGUGGGUUGCUUUGUUUGCAAAAUGGCCCAAAAGCUGGCUUCCCUGAGCAACUGUGCUGAAAGUCGUGGUGGCCCCAAACCGAAACAUCCAUUCAGACCUGCUGGGUGGCAUUCAUCUGUUUGAAUGCAAAUUAGAUUUCAGAUUGAACUUGCUAUGCGAGUUAAUGAGGACUUCGUUCAGCAAAUGCUAAAGUGUUAAUUUCCAAUGUGCAGAUUUGGUACAGCAGUUCAGCAUGCGAGGCAAUAUCACCCCACCAACCCAGUCUCAAAAACCAACAGCAGAAGACAUCAGGUAGAUGGGGGCACAGCUCAGCCCUGGGCUUUUGGGGAAACAAACAUGGCGCACAGAACAUGGCAGUCAUGGGUCAGUACCGCCUCGGUCCUUGGAACCCCUGAACGCUUCCACUCUGCACCCCUUUCCUGUCACUCAUUUAUUUACCUAGGAGUGUAGCUUUUGUUUUAGUUUAAGAGCCUUUUGGAGCUUAAUUUAUAUGCUUUGUACCUCUUUUUUUUUUUUUUUUUUUCCCUAAAAUUACCAAAGAUAUUCCACAAAGGUAAAUUAUGUUCUCUGUUUUUAUGCUUUAUCUGAUGAAGCCAAAUAUCCUCUUCUUGUUGAUCAAAGGAGGCAAAAUAAUUUAGAGGCAAUUGAUGAGAUAUAGGCUAUUGCUAACUUAAGAGAACUGCUUCUUCAUCAUAGAGGACAUUUAGAAGACCAAGUAGGUAAUGGAACCAAAGUUGUUACUUUUUUUUUUUUUUUUUCAGUCCUCGGUUUUGGUUUUGGUUUUGGUUUUUUCCUUCUGUACCUCUACAGAGACCAAAACACAAUCUUGUAAAGAGAACUUAUGGGGCUACUGAAGAGAGAAAUAGGACACAGUAUUAAGGGAGCAAUAGAAGGAAGGGAUUACCAUCUCCAAGAAAAAAAAAACCAGUGUAUGGCACAUGAAACUUAGGGGGUGUCCGUCUAGGAGACAGUUAAGAUAAAAUGAAGGUAAAAUUCAGAGAGAACGGAACAGCUUCCACAAUUGAACUAGACCGCGUAGUAGGAUUUCUAGAAGACAUUUCUUUUUCAAAGAAAGAUUGUAUGCCACUUUUGUUUAAGGACUGUGCUAUGAUCACUGCAUUCAUUUGGGUUUAUCUUGGCAUAUAUAUAUCCUCUGGGUUUUUGUUUUUGUUUUUUUUUUUAAAAAGGUUUCCUUUUUUUCCUUCCUUUUUUCCGGAUUAGGCUUGCGUCAGCAUUUUUCAUUUAAAAAAAAAAAAAAAAAAGUAACAUUCCCGUCCUCUCACAAGCUUGGUACAAAAACUUCUUUGGCAGUUACUUUUGAAGCUUCACACUGCUUUCUCUAUAAAGAGCAGUCUGUGGUCACUCGAGACUUACUUUUUUUUUUUUUUUUUUUUUUUUUUCCAACUUUUCCAGGCAGCGUCAUGAUGUGCAAGCAGUAGCCAGACAGGGUCAUGGGAAGGGGGCCCUGUGCUUCUAAACUGAGUGGUUGCUGGUUAGUUUGGUAUUCAAAAGAGGAUAAAAAUCUGGUAGAUUAGUUCAUUCUCAGCAUGUGUAGCUAGACAUGAGUAAAGUUAACAGCAUGAGAAACUGUUAGUACGCAUACCUCAGUUCAAACCUUUAGGGAAUGAUUAAAAUUAAAAAAAAAAAAUACAUUUCACUCAGUUGCACUUAGUCGUAUGUCUUGCAUGCUUAGUCUAAAGACUGUAGCAAAAAGAAAAAAAAAAAGAAAAAUUAGCUUUUACAUAUCUUUGCAGGUAUCACAGCCUUGCAGAAGAACCAACUGAAAAAGAAAAAUUUCUCAGGCUUUACAGCAAGCAAACUUCACUCUGAUUUUUCCAAUUCUGAUUCUGUAUCCCUUGGGGGUAUCCCAGUUGCUUCUUUAGGAUGGGGUUUAUUAUGUUGUACAUAUAUCCCGAUGUGUCUGUGUGACUCUUUGUCUUUUUUGGGGGAGGGCGGAGGGUGGUUCUUUUUUUAGAUAUUGUUCCUAAAAAGGAAUAAAUGCAUACACCUGUUUGUCAAAACACCUUUGCUUUUUGUGCAACUGCUUUAUAU